AUGACGGCGCAAAUUGAGUCGCCACCUUUUGCGUCCUCGGUAUCGUCAGUAUCGUCCGUGGAUAGAGAAGCAAUCAAGAAAACUCGCCUGCAGCAGGUCGUAGUCAUAGUUCAGCUCGUCGGAGUCACUCUGACCGCAAGCCUGAUCAACGGCCUGGUGACCAUCGCACUGCCGACCAUCACAAAAGACCUUGACCUGCCAUCUUCCUUAGCUUUCUGGCCCUCAUCUGUGAGCAGUCUUGCUACUGCGUCCACACUUCUUCUUGCUGGCUCUCUUGCGGAUACUAUUGGCCCACGAUGGGUUGAACUGGUCGGAUCUUUCUCCAGCGGAGCCUUGAUGAUUGGGCAAGGGCUAGCUCGGAAUGGAGAAGGGCUAGUCGUAAUGAGGGCCCUGCAAGGUGUUGGCCUGGCCUUCCAUUUGGCCUCUUCGAUCUCUAUCAUCACCCAGCUUCUGCCCCAAGGCAGAGGCCGUAACCUUGCGUUCUCGUGCAUCGGUCUCAGUCAACCCCUCGGCUUCUCACUCGGACUGGUCGUGGGAGGCGUUCUAGUCGAUACAAUUGGCUGGCGAGCAGGAUGGUACAUUGCCGGAGGAAUCACGCUCUUCUUUGCACUUAUUGCGGUGUGGACCCUGCCCAAGAACAAAAGAGCCGAAGACGAAAGCCUCCUCCACAAUGUCCGGACGAAGAUCGACUGGCUUGGUGCCUUUCUGGCCUCCGCAUUCAUGGCCCUACUCUGUUACCUUCUAGCUAUCGUCAGUGCAGACCCCUCGCGCAUCAAAUCUGUCGACAGCAUCGUCAUCCUUUGCCUGGCAGCAAUCGCACUCCCGCUCUUCAUCAUCUCCUCCCACCACCGAGUCAAGCGGAACAAAGUAGCCCUAAUCCCGAAUGCCCUGUGGAGAAACACGUCCUUCUCCAGCGUCUGCGCCACCGUGGCCCUCUCCAACGCCGUCCUCAACUCCAUGGAGCUCUUCGCCAGUCUAUUCUUCCAGGAGGUCCAAUACCUCUCAGCCCUGCAAGCAUCCAUCCGCAUCCUCCCCAGUCUGAUAGUGGGCGCCCUCCUCAACCUCAUCAUCGGCCUGUUCGUCCACAAAAUCCGCGCCGUCUGGAUCGUCACCAUCACCUCGCUCCUCUGCGCCGGCUCCCCGCUCCUCAUGGCCGUCAUCCAACCCUCUUGGCCCUACUGGGGGAACGCCUUCUUCGCGCAGAUCUUGCAGCCCGUUAGCUUCGAUGCGCUGUUCACCGUCGGUCUGAUCGUGAUCACCGAUGUGUUUCCAGACGACACGCAGGCUCUGGCUGGCGCAGUAUUCAACACCUCGGCGCAGUUCGGGAGCGCUCUGGGACUGGCCGUGUUGCAGGUUAUUUCGACGGUGGUGACGGAUCAGUCUGGGGCUGCCAAGGAGAGGUAUGCCUUGAUGGAUGGGUAUCGGGCGAGCUUUUGGGCGAUGUUUGGGUCGAUGAUUGUUUGUACGCUGGUUGGGUUCUUCGGGCUUAGGAAGGCGGGGAGGGUGGGGUUGAAGCAGGACUGA